AUGAGUCCGGAAGACCGCAUCAAGAGUUUCGAGAUCAUGUUCGGCAUCCGCUUAAAGUUGGACGGCGUGGCGCCGGAAGACACGAAACAGGCACGCAUCAUGGCGGGGAAAGUGCUCGAUCAGUUCGACCGGAACCUGCUUCUCUCCCCAACGGAUCCGACGAGCCUGCUGUCCAUGCUCCGGUGCGUGCCCUGCUCGUUUCUGAAGAAACGAAAGUGCCUGGACGAGAUAGUCGUGGUGAACGAUCUGAAGAUGGGCGGCUUUUCGUGCGGCGGCUUGGCCUACUACCAAGGCCCGAAGAAGCCGAAAAAAGUGUUUCUGAACUGGUCGACACCGGGCGGCUGGCGGAAGAACGCGUUUUUCCACGAGAUCUAUCACAUGAUCGAUUUCUGCGACGACAAUGUGAACGAUCCGCACGACAAAGAGUGGAAAGCCCUGCACGGCCCGGGAUUCCGGUACAACGACGAGACCCUGCCGCGCGUGAACAAAGCCGUCAGUCUGGAUGCGCGGAAGGGCGUGGCCCCCGCCGGGUUCGCCUGCAGUUACGGCAUGACCAAUGUGCGGGAGGACAAGGCCUGCUUGAUGGCGCAUUGGAUGACGAUGAAACGGGAUCUCGUCGCGCGGAACGAACCCGUGUUGAUGAAGAAAGUCAAGAUUUUGGAAAACGAACUCCGAAAUUUCGACCCCGCGUUCCAGAGAGUGUUUUUGGAGUACAAAUGA